ACGGAUCGUCAAGCGACAUAUUCGAGGGAAAACCAUGUUUGGAUGUGCCUUAUCUGAAUCAAAUAUUUUUAGACAUGGCACCACAUGCGAUCAUUGGAACACAGGAAAACUAUUUUUCCUUCCAAACAUUUCUUGCAUUUUGAAACGGAUAAGAAGAGUGGCAGUAACAUACAUCCCUGUGCUAUCUUUCUCCGAUUAUCAAUGGUAGGCAUUGCAUAAUUCACCCUUAUCCACCGGAGCCAUUUGGUUCCUCCUCUCUGAGAAGAGGGGGACGCCAGAAAAAAACCGACUACAUCCAGUAGCUGCCUUCUCGGUGGUGCCUGCAAUUGUUUGGCUAUGCCCUUCUCUCUCGUAGGAAGAACUUGCAGACAGUAGCGGGGGAACAAGCAGGGGAAGGAUGCAUUUAAAGCUGGAUGUGUGCUGCAUUCAGGGAGAUUCGGCAAUAAUAGCAGCUCUAGCAGAAACAGCGAGUGCGGAGGGCCUGGGAAGCACCCAGCCCCACUAUCUCCUCCUUUUCCUCCCCCCCUGCAGGACCAUGCUUGCGUGAGGGAUGAGGCUGUGCACAGGGACACCAGGCCAGAGCUGCGGCCUACUUCUCACAAGAGCCGGUCUCUCGACUGCAAGAUCUGUGAACACAUUGCCACCAUCAAAUCAGCAUCUUUGGUCAUCAGGUAGAUCCAGGAGCAUGAGCAGGACUUUGAGCUGCGGGAGCAGAUGUCUGGGUAUAAGCGCACACGGCGGCAGCACCAGAAGCAGCUGAUCGCCCUGGAGAAUAGGCUAAAGGCCGAGAUGGAUGAGCAUAGGCUCCGGCUGCAGAAAGAAUUAGAGACACAUGCGAACAACACUUACAUUGAGCUGGAAAGACUGGCCAAACGACACGCUGCUCAAACAGACAAAGAGAUUAAGUCUGUUGCAGCAGAAGAGAGGAGGAUCCAGCAACAGAUAGUUGCUCAGCAAAAGAAAGAGCUGGCUAAUUUCUUAGAGAAUCAGAAGAAAGAGUACAGGUUUUGCAAAGACAAGAUCAAAGAAGAGAUGAGCGAAGACCCUUGUACACCCAAGGAUGAGAAGUAUGAGCGUCUGUCCAGGCACAAAGAAACAAUACAGCGCUCUCAGGCUGAGGAGGAGUCUCUCCUGCUGGACCAGCAGAGGCUGGUCUACGAACGCAGCUGCAGGGCCCUCAAACGCCGGAGUCUGGUCAGGAAGCACGAAUUUGAACAGGAGCAACUGAGAGAGGAGCUGAACAAGAAGGGGACCCAGAAGGACAUGGAGCAUGCCCUGAUGAUCCGGCAGGACGAGUCCACGCAGGACAUGGAGCGGCGGCAGCUGCAUAUGCUGCAGAAGUUACGCACUGAACUCAUGAGGCUGCAGCACCAGACCGAGCUGGAGAACCAGGAGGAGUACAACGGCCGGCGGCAGAGAGAACUACACAGGAAACACACUCUGGAGCAGCGGCAGCAGCCCAGAAACCUCAAGAUGCUGGAGAUGCAGAUCAAGAGACAGUUUCAGGAUACGUGCAAGGUGCAGAACAAGCAGUACAAAGCUCUUAGGAACCAUCAGCUGGAAGUCUCCCCCAAAGGCGACCACAAGAGCAUCCUGAAGAGCCUGAAAGAGGAGCAGACACGCAAGCUGGCCAUCCUGGCUGAGCAGUACGAGCAGAGCAUCAACGAGAUGAUGGCGUCACACGCGAUGCGAUUAGACGCGGAGCAGGAAGCGGAGUGCCAAGCUCUGAAGCAGCAGCUGAAGCAAGAGAUGGAGCUCCUGGACGCCUACCAGAGGAAAACCAAGUCACAGAUGGAGACCCAACAUGAGCGAGAGCAGCAGAAACUUGAGCAGAAGGUCUCCAUACGCAGAGCGCACCUUGAACAGAAGAUUGAAGAGGAACUGGUCGCGCUUCAGAAGGAGCGCACUGAAAGGAUCAAGCACUUGUUUGAGCGUCAGGACAGAGAAAACAACACUUUUGACACAGAAAGUAGAUGUCUCGGCUUUGGAAGCCUGGGAUCUCUGGACUUCCCCAAAGAAGACUCCAGAUGAAAGUGGAUUUAUCUUUAGAGGACAACAUAUCCG